UGUUUUUUUCCACAGAGCCUCUUGUUUGUUUAUGAAUUGUGUGAACUGCGAGUGUCUUUCUCUGUGCUUUCUAAUAGAGCAAGCAAGCGUCUUGUCUAUUUCAGCGAGGUAAAAAUGUUCAUGUGCUUCACGGAACCGUACCGUUGCGAUUUAGCUGCCUGCAAUAGCGCCUUUGUAUCUACAAACACUUCAUCGUCGCGUUAGUCUAAUAAAAUUUUAGAGAGCGACCAUGGGCAGGCUGGACGAUGCCGCCAAGCGCAAGGUGGUUGAACUGCGUGAGGCAGGCCUGAGUUUCCGCAAGAUCAAAGCUGUCUUGGAACUGGAGAACAUCAAAGUGUCAGCACAGGCCAUCUACCUCUUCUUAAAGGAGUUUCAUGGAAGAACUCGGCCAAAAGACUCCACACCUGGGAACAGUGGACCUGCACCAGCUUCAGGUUUGGCGCUGGCAAGGGAGGUGGGGCUCAGUGAAGUGAGGCAAAGUGGCUGGAGUGAGCAGCAACUGAGGAGUCUGCUGCGAGAGGCCUCACGCAUCACAAGUUACCCAUCCACCCCAGACUCUUCAGGGCAGAGUGGGGCACCUCAAGACUCCAGAGGACAGUCCUCGGGGGCAGGGACAGCUAGCAAUGAGCACCAGGAGGGGGACGGAAAGGACGAAGACGUCCGUAUCGUCAGUGUCACCUCACUGGCGCAGAACACCCAACAUGGGAGCAUUAAUACCGUGCGAUCAGGGAUUAGCUCAGGAGCCAUGACUAGUGCAUUUUCAAGGAGAAGAUACACACCCUCACCAGCCAACCCGGUGCUUGUGGCUCGGAAAAGACUCCUGGAUAAGGCAUUAUUCCACAGGGCAAGGGUAAGGGACAGUGGUCCUCAGCCUGGCCAACAGGCAGUAUCGUUACUGAGAAGAGAUCAAUCUUGUUUCACCGGCUCUGAAGGGAGGAAAGUCAUGUUACCUCAAACGGCCUCAUAUGAUCUCACAACUGCCCGACCUCCUCAUGUGAGAGGUCUCCAUCCAGGAGCCAACAUUUUUAGACGAGGAAUUGUCCAAAGGGCAAACAUGCCCUCCCGCUCGCCUCAGCAGCAACCUCGUAUUGGCAUUCGGCUACCCACCCCGGCCCAGUCAAGUGCCACGCCCCACAAUGCAAGCUCCUCUAUGCGUCCCCAGGCCCCACCCAGCCAGCCCUCCCCUCCCUCCCAGCAAAGUAGCCCAGAUGCAGGAGUGCCAAGCGGACUACCUGAACAGGUCAAGUCUCUGGCCUCAGAGGUUCGCAGUCUCGGCCUGGCUCUGAGGAUGAUUGUAGAGCAGCAAGGCAGACUGGAGAGGGAGCAGAGCCAGCAGACGCAGGUCCAGAAACAGAUUCUCAGUACCUUGCAGGAGCUUGCAUCAAAACUGGGCCCCUGCAGCCUUCAGCACACACCAACUCCCACUGUUCCCACCUGCCCCUUCUCCUCAGCUUCCUUUAGCCAGCCCACAUUCACCUCCAGCCAAGGCAGCUUUUCUUCAUGUGGUCAAGCCCAGUCCAGGUACAGUGAAAUUGAUGGGUCUGGUCUUGAGAACAUUGAGGCGUUUUCUCUGGAUGGUCUUAGCUCUGCUACCAUUAAUGGCUUUCAGCCAUGUAGCACGUCAGACACUCUUUCAUUCACCCAGGCACAUACACCAACAUUCACACAGUCACAGACGCAAACUUACACACCAGAUGUGCUCUCCUACACACAGUCGCACACAGACACCUUCACGGGAAUUGACAAGUCAGCAGAAAGGGCAUCAACAAGUACAGAGGCAUCUUUUCAAACCAGCAGUUCUUCUUCUCAGUGCUCUACUCAACCCAUAUCUCCAAAUGAUGCCCAGCUGACUAUCAUCAAGGUGGAGAAUGUUUAAGUUUCUUUUUUUCUUGGGUACGAUGAUGUGGUCUUCCUUACAAUGGAUUUUGCCUAAGAGUUAGUCUUCUUUGAUACUGUACUGUAGCGUCAGCCAUAGUGGACAACCAGUGGCUGUUGGUUUUCUUUAAUGCUUGCAUUUUUUACUGUAAUGUCUUUAAAUGGUAUUACCAAACUUAAGUUCAGAUGACAAACUGCAAAUAAACGUUGACUGUUAGGCUGCUUUCACAAGACAUUUUGGUAUCCGUCAAAAACACAUUCAUAUGCGUUGCUGUCUUAUUGUGGAUGUGUUUAUAGGUCUUCUCCAGAUUUGCAGAUACAUAGAUCUAAUGUACACACAACCAAGAAAGUCUACAUGGCCACAGGGCUGUCUAAUUCUGCCAUUCAUCUCAGCCGUAAGGGGUAUAAUGCUGACUAUGGCCCAAUCCCAUUUCACCCCUUGCCCCUACCACUUAGCCCUUAGCCCUCUGUUUUGCGCGUUCACAUCUAGGGUUAGGGUGUCCCAAUUUUUGU